AGAGGUUCGGCAAUUUGGCGCCUUCGAAGAGAAACUGCAAAGCUAGUUGUUAUCAUUCGCAGAAAUUCUAUUUUUUAUGGCUUCAUCGAUCCGGAAGCUCUCUCACCUAUGUCAUAUGACGUCAUACAUAUGAAUAUUAAUGUACAUAAAAAUUUACUGACACAUGGUGUCACACAAUAUAGUUACAGCUUUUCCUCACUCAUAAACAUCACCAAUGAUCACCUCAAUUUAAAAGUGGCUCAGUCUUUUGUGUUCUCAGCCGCUAGGACGCCCACUCAAGGACAGGCCGUGUGUUUAUUCGUAUCACAUUCCGGGUGUACUUUGAAAACAGGUUCAUUCAGAGCAAACCAUGUUUGUCCAGGUAUAGUUGACACGCAGUGAAUCUUUCCGCCGCCUGAACGUCGUUUGACGUCGCCGAGAGAUUAGUGCUGUUCAGAGACUGCAGUUCAUCUCUGCCCGUGCAGUUGCUUUUCUGAAAAGUUUACAAUAAAACAAAUCACUAAGUAUGGUUGAGUUGGGGCCUACCUUUCACUGGGCCGACUACCUCAUCUUCACAUGCAUGCUGGCAACCUCGGCAGGCAUUGGCGUGUUUUAUGCCGUGAGAAGCAGGAGCCAAAACUCGUCUGGAGAAUACAUGCUGGCCAGUCGGCAGAUGAGUUUCUUCCCGGUGGCAAUGUCUCUCCUGGCCAGUCUUUUUACCGGCGUCUUCAUCCAAGGAAGUGUUGCUGAGACGUACUAUCGAGGAGCCAUCUUGCUGAUUGGUUCUAUUAUUCCACUUGUUAUAUCUGGCACUAUCUCAGGCCGUAUCUUCAUGCCCAAAUUCUAUGAGAUGAAACUCACAAGUGUAUACCAGUAUCUGGAUUUGCGUUUCAAUGUUCCUGUCAGAAACUGCUGUUUGCUGAUUGGGUAUCUAUACAUGAUCCUGCACUCGGGUGUUGCUACGUAUGCAGCAAGUGUUGUCCUGACAACGGUUACUAGGGGCAAGUUGAGCGUGCUUUUGAGUGCGGUGAUUCUCUCAGUAGUCUGUACCUUCUACACUGUCAUUGGUGGAAUCAAAGCCGUUUUAUGGGCAGACUGCUUCCAGAUGCUUUUGAUCUUCGCCUCUCUUUUGGCAGCAGUACUUCAGGGAGCAGUCACACUUGGCUAUACAGAGAUUUGGAAUUUGAACUUAGAGGGCGGUAGACUCAACCUUUUUGAAUUCAACCCCGAUCCAAGGCUGUACGCUUCUUUCUGGACCGUUUUUAUCGGAGGAACAUUCUCAUGGUUACCAACAAUGGCAGUGCUGCAGUAUCAAGUUCAACGAUACCUCACCUGCAAAAGUCAGAAAACUGCACACAUGUCAUUUGGAACUUUCAUCGCUGGGUGUAUUGCUGUAACGAUUCUCUGCGUUUUAGCCGGAAUGGCAUUAUACGCCCGUUACGCUGACUGUGAUCCAUUCUCCAGUGGCAGUUUGCCCAUCAAAGAUGGGCUUCUUCCGUACUACAUCUUAGAUGCUUUCAAGGAUCUUCCAGGUGUCCCAGGACUUUUUGUCUCCGGUCUUUGCAGUGCUGCUCUCAGCACCACUUCAUCCAUCUUGAAUUCCAUAGCAACAAUAACUGGAGAACACGUGAUCACUAAAAUCUGGAAAGAUCUUCCAGACAUGAAGUACUUGUUCAUCACCAAGAUGCUUGCGCUUUUCUUUGGUGCUCUAAAUAUCGGAACGGUGCUUUUGGUCUCAGCAUUCGGGGAACUUCUGCCGGCUUUGAUUGGCAUCAUCGGUGUAACUAAUGGCCCAGUUUGCGCGGUGUUCAUUCUGGGUUUCUUUUUCCGACGGGCAAAUGCAAAGGGAACCCUAGUCGGUUUCAUUACUGGGAUAGCUGUGGGUUUCUGGCUGUUUAUUGGCUCAGUCUUUUACCAACCACCGAUACCGUCUCUUUCACUGUCAACGGAGGACUGCCCAGAUGUCAUGACAAACACCUCAGUGAUUGUCACUACAAUGACCAUGGAUUUUGUAAACGUGACUGCGGCAGUUUCUCUACCACAGGCCAGUUCAAGUUCAAUCGUUGAGCUGUACAAGGUUUCUCGGAUCUGGUACCCAACCAUAUGCAUCCUGACGGUUUUGAUUGUUGGUAUUGUCGCCAGCCUAAUAUUUGACGCAUUCUUUGAUAGACCUAAAGUUGACUCCCUGUUGCUCUGGAAUUGGAGGAAAUCUUGCUGCUGUUGCCUCACAAGCCCAGCAACAGUAGACGAUGAGAAAUCACUCUUUGGCAUCACUAGCGACAUCAUGUCAGACAUUACCGUGGAAAACGGCGAACCAGCCGGUGUUGCUAAUCCUGCGUGUGUGGGAUGCGAAGUGUGCAAAUCACCCUCGAGAACGACUCACUUAUAAAUUGACAUUUAUAUCACAUCACUUAUUUACAAACAGCGUUUCCUGCUCUUUGUCGGCAGUCAAUAAAUGUUUUUCGAUUAUCGGUUGAUAAUUUGAAAAAUACAUUGCUUCUGAGCAAUACAGUGAGAGAUUUUAAAGUACAAAUUGGCAAUGUUGCAAUGGUAACGUUGGAAGGGAAUUAAGCGCACGAAUUCGGAAAAUGCGGUCAAAUUCUUCUGUUCCUGUAUCAUUAGAACUGUCUCUAACAUUUAAAGGAAAAUUGGGUCAUUUUAUGAAGUUCAUAUACUCGUAUAUCGAUUUGUAUCACUGAGACUGCUGUUUAAGUACACAGGUUUAUUUUCAGAAUAAUAGGGUAGCACUUUUACAAAGAGGGCUUCAUAAUAAUUUUUAUUUGGGUUUCAAGUACUGUGAUCAAGUCCUUGCUAUAAACAUGUAGUAUUUUCGCCAUGUGGUGAAAUGACUUUCGAAUAUUGUGUGAAGCAAUUGCAUUUGUAACAUAAUUUCUUUCUAACCCAUCAAAUUUACACAUUUUGAUUGCAGAUGUAUAUAGAAAUUUGCAGAACAACAUAAUGGUGUUUUUUUAAUUAGUGUUUGUGUGUUUACAUACUUGUACAUGCAUGGGCUUUCAUGAUACGGAAUUAACGUACAAGGGUCCAAAUUAAUAUUUACGACUUUGACACUGCUGUAGUGAACCAUUUAUGUUUUGUUUUAGUUUUCCCUGAUUAACAUUAGUGAUAUUUGAAAUACGCCUGUAUCAGACUGUGUAUAUGUAGCUAGUCAUGUAACUUAGAUUUUCAGGAAACGGCUGGAAUUUGAACAAUCCGCAUUAUUGUUUUUAACAUUAAAAAUAACGGGUUUGUCCGUCUGGAAGCAGAUUUUGUAACAAUCACACGAUGCAAUAUUUCCUGGCAACUGGGAGAAGUAGCUGCAGCAAGAUUGCAUUUUGCAGCAUGAAAUGUCUUGACUAAAUUUGAUAGAGGGCGCUACACAUAACAGCCCUUCACGUGUGUCGAUCUCUACGGCCCAGAACUCCACAGUCGAAUAUGAAACAGGAAAUGUUUUUUUUUUCCUGUGUGUUAUAGUACACAAACAUUUAUUUUAAAAAAUGGCAUAAGUCAGAUUUUUAUAUUUUACAACUAAAAUACAGCAUAUUUUUGGCAAACCAUUCUAUUGGGUCAGGCUUAACAAUGUUUACGUUAAGUUGUUUAAACAAAGCUUAAAAAUUAUAAAUUGUACAUAAAUCAGACAGUAAUUUAGCAGAAAUACAAAGUGAAUAUCGUCAUUAAAGAAAUGGUAAUAUUUCAAAUAAA